AGCUCAGGGUAGACUCAAGCGUAGAGGAGAGAGAAUAUAAUAUGUCAGGAUUUUGUUACCAGGAAGUGGGUCGAGUUAUUUAUAUUUCAACACUCGUCCUCGUGUACCCGAGGGAGAACCAGUGGUAGUAACCUGAAACUAUAUUCAAACAUUGUCUGGUUCUGGAUGCAUCGAACUGAUAGAGAACAACUGGCUCCAUGUUUAGGAACUCCGAGGACCCAGAGAAGGAGAGAUCUGUAAAUGUGAAUAAUGUAAAAACUGUGUGGGAAGGUAAAGUGACCCUGUGAGGGAUUCAACAUUGGCAGAGAUUCUGGAUUAAACCAUUUCCGGAAGAUGUUACUGCUUCAUGUCCCACAGUUUGUAGUGUCUUACAUUCAGAAUGUAAAAGCACUUUCUCUUCUGUAGGUGUUGGAAUGAAGCUCCAUGAGAAGAUUUUGAGCCACUACCUAUCGUGCACCUCUCCAGUAGAUAAAGAGGGAUAUCUUUACAAAAAGAAAGAGAGAAAUGCCACCUACCAGCGGCGGUGGUUUGUCCUAAAGGCAAACCUGCUCUUCUACCAGGAGCGCCCAGCUGACCGACACCUGCUGGGUGUCAUCGUGCUGGAGGGGUGUGCAGUCAGGCGGUCAGAGUCUGAUGGACAGUUUACCUUUUCUCUGGUGUUUGAAGGGCCUGGACUAAAAACUUACAGAUUUUCAGCAGUGGAUGGUCAGACUCAGGAGAGCUGGGUGAAAGCUUUGCUCUCAGCCAGCCACUGUUACCUCUCCCUGCUGGUGAGAGACUUGGGGAGGCAGUAUGAAGAAGCGAAACAGCAACAAGGAUCUGGCGAAUCCAGUCACAGCUCCUCUGUCAGUGCUCUCAAACAGUCCACCACCACCUUCUUCUCUCCUGUGCAGGGGCCAACAGCAGUGGUUAGAGAGGGGAGAAGCUUCAGUGCCGGCACUGUUUUACAAGCACCUUCAAUACCUACUAAAGUGGUGGCUAAAAAGUCCCCUAAAAUGUGGCACAGGAGAAAUGCUUAUGUCACACCACUUAAUGGACCGGCACCUUUGUACGGCGAGUGGCCUCUGUUGGGUUUUGAUCCGCUAGAGGAGUUCAGCAAACUUCAUGAUUAUUAUGGGCAGGAAGUGAAGAAAGCGAGAGAGGAGUGGCUGAGGAGUCGUCGAGCAGAAGAGGAACACGGUGAUCAACAUCUCAUUGACUUGGGGUAAAAGAAAUCUGACAGUUAGAGACCAUAUAAGGGGAAGUGAGAUGGAGUGGUUCAUGUGUGUUGAAAAGGAAGUGAACCUGAGGUGCUGUGAGUCUAACUGUAUUUAAGAACAUAGUGUUGGAGGCCCAGACUCCUGUAAAUGUGCUAAAUGUUCCUCUAUUUCAUAUAAUGGGUUUAGAUCAUUUCUAUAUUGGAUUUGUUUCACAGAAAGUUGUUAUUUUCUUGAGCCAAGACGGACUUAAAGUGUUCAUAGGAUGCAACAAAGACAAAGCAAGGGAUCUGCACACAGAGGAUCGAAAGUGCAGCUGGUGUCUGCACAUCUGCACCUGUUGUGGAGAUCGGUCUGUUUCACAGGCAUGUUCUGUUUGAGCGUCUAAGUAUACUGUGACAGUGAGCCAGCAUGCACAAUAGCAGGACCCUGAAACUGAAGCAGCUUAAUGGAAUUUAGUUAUCAUUAACUGUAUUAUUCAUACUUAGUUUCAUACUUGUAUAGAAAGGCAUUUUCCUUAUUUGUUCUUAUGUCCUCUGCUAAUUGGAACCUGCACAACUCCUACUGACUACAUUAGUAUGCAUAACAGUUGCCUGAGCAGAUAUUCACACAUGGUGCAAUUAAUGAUUUCAUCCAUGGCAUAGAAAGGCUGUUUAUUGCAGUAUUAAGUAUAAAGAGUAUUAUAUAUUUUUCAUUGCAUGAAAAAUAAAAUCAGUCUGUUGA